AACAAUCUCUUGUAUUAAUAAUUCAGUGGCAAGAUUAUAAACGCCAGUGAAAGAUGUUUAACGUCUGAAUUUUUGUUAUUGUAAAGUGUAAACACUCAUCGUUCAAUAGCUUUAAUGUGGAAUCGCCAGUGGAUUAUGCUGAUUACUUAAGAAGAAUCAUGGUUGGACAAACAAUCUACAGUUAUAGAAAACAAUCUUUUGAUUCAUCUAACAACAAGACUAGCUAGCUUGCAGUAAAUUAAAGACAGAGGGAAAUGGACCGGUCGUACUGGAGCUCAGUUCAGAAAACGGAUCUUAUUGGACGAAAGAAAACAAAGCGAUCUCCGCCUGAUAAUGAACUCGUACGUUCCCGAUAUCUUUGGGGAGUGACAUAAACGGUUAGUUGACUACUGAGAUACAAAUACUUUAUUAUUCCACACUGCGCGUCAAAAAGCACUAUGCUGCCAUACAGUGUUUUGUUUUUCUGUGCUGGCGCAUUCGCGGCCACCACUAACAAUAUGAUCACCAACACCACGAAUGAGUUCACAAAGUUUGAGACGAAACAGAACUUCACGACAACGCCAACAACGUGGACGACCGUGCCGAUCGUGGAAUACUUCAUGAAGCUAAUUCAGGGUCAAGCCAUUGGAGCCAUGCAUUGCAAAACCGACAGAUGCUGCGGUGAUGGACUACGCUGCGACAUGCUGCUGCACUUGUGUGUUCCCUUCACUACUCCAGUUUUCCGCGACACCGAAAAAGCCUGCACAAAGGAAACGGAUUGCUCGCCGUUGCACACCUGCAUCAUGGGCUCAUGCCGCUUCUGUGGACCGCGUACCUGCCGCUCUAACAUGGAUUGCUGCUCUGGUGGACCCAGCAAUGUGACCUUUGAAUGCGUUAACAUCAAGAACUACGAAGAGUGGACCAUUGCUCGCGAUCUCGGCCGUAUUACGCCACAAAUGUUCGAGCACAUGAAGCCGCACAAACUCAGCCACCACGAAGAUAUCGACUCGGAUGAACUGAACUCGAUGGGCACCUGGGCGUGGGGCGAUUAUGUGAUGCACGGAAAGCGAUGCUGGGAAAGAUGUAUCAAGGACUCUGACUGCGCUCUGGACGGCAUUCCCGAAAAAAUGUGGGCCGAUCACUGGGGUUGUUGUAAUGGCUUUUGUACCCGCAAGAAAUCGUGUAUCACCAUGCCGGAAAACGUGCGUGGCAUGGACACUAAACUCAUGAUGCAGAACCGCUUCCCAAAAACUACUUUCUAAAUCAUUGCAGCACUAUUGCGCUGUUAGACAGUUGCCGGGUUUGGCAUUGUAAUUAAUUUUGUGCUAGUACUCUUAUACUGUUGUUAGUUUGUACAACUGCGUUCCGUUUCCAGUAUUACCACAAUCAUAUUCCUUGCAGCAGCUGUAGGAUGUCAGCGUCAGUUGAAAAUAAAGCGACAA